UUUCAUACACGCAAGUGUUUUAUUGUUCUCUAUUUAUUUUAUUUUAUUUUAUUUUGAUCUAUGUAUUAUAGAAGAAAACGCUAAAUGACAUGUUAGAGGAAAUGGUAGUCACUUAUGAAUGGAUUGGUCAGAUGAAAGACAAUCCAGAGGUAUGUUAAUUUUCCUUUGCAAUUUAUGGUUUUAUAUUAUUUUUUUAUUUGAGUUGGUCAGUGGAAAGUUGUUGGAUUCAAAGAUUGCAACGGUUGUCGAGAUGUUAUCUCCUCUCACAUGCGAAUCGUUACAAAAAAACGAUGUCGCUGUAGUCCUGCUCAACGAGCUGUUGGUUUUAAAAUCGCAGCACACCAAGUUGUUUUCCGACUUUUGUGAUUUGAAUUGUUUGGGUGAAAGUGCCACCGAUACUUUCGGUGCAACAUUUAUUAACGGGGAUCCGGCACCGAAGACUGAUUUGAUUUUUCAUCUGAAACGGUUUGGCAUAAGUGAACUUAGGGGAAAACAGCCUUUGGUUGUCGAAGCUCUGCUAGCCAAAAAGGACUGUCUUGCUUUAAUGCCCACUGGUGAAGGCAAAUCCUUGUGGUUUCAAUUACCUGCGAUUGUCGACUCUGGGGUCACGGUGGUAAUUUCUCCGUUGAUUUCCUUGAUGGUUGAUCAAGUGUUUUAUUUGAAGAAACUGGGGGCAAUUUGCCUUGAAUAUUGAUUUAAUUUAAUUAUUCCAGCUCAACUGGUUAUUUCUGUAAUAGAUAUCUGCAGAACACCUGAAUGGCACGGAGGAAGAAACUAACGGGAUAUUUGCAAAUCUUGGAAAACACAAACCAGGUAGUUGUGCUUUGUGUCCAUAAACGUUGUGAUGUGUUAAGUAAUGGGCGACAAAUUUCUUUUAGACAUCAAACUACUGUAUCUCACCCCAGAACGGAUUGUUAAUGCUCUUGAGGAUACUCGUGAUAAUAGGUUAAAGUCCAUGCUCAAGUCGUUGUUUAAGAGGCAGAAGCUGGCACGUUUCGUGGUUGACAAGGCUCACUGUGUUCCUCAAUGGGGACAUGAAUUUCGGAUAAUUGCAUCUUGUAAGCGUGACAAUUUGAAAUUCAUAAUUCUCCACAAGACUUCAAAGAAAGGCGCUAUCGCAGAUAUAAUCAACAAGUUGGAAAAGGGCUUUGCCCAGCAAAGCGGCAUAAUAUAUUGUUUCUCCAGGGACGAUUGUGAACUUCUUGCGAGCCAACUCGUCGACGUUGGCAUACCGGCCGACUUUUACCAUUCGAAAUUAUCGGAGGUCGGCAAAACCCAAGCGUACUUCAAAUGGAUGGAAGGUGUAACUCUGGUGAUGUGUGUCACCUUAUCUUUUGGCAUGGGCAUUGACAAAAGAAGUAAUACGGACUAUUAUUACAUUGUUUGGUUAAUUUCAGUGACGUUGUUGUUGUGUUUUUUUCUUCCAAUAGAUGUCCGUUUUGUGAUUCGGGUCAUUCCAUCCAAACUCGAAUUUUUUCGUCGCGGAAAAAAAUAGAAACUGAUGAUUUUUUUACAGUGUGUUUCUUAUGCAUCGAUCAUGCACUCUGUGAAAUCUCAGAUUUUUAAUUCAAACAGGAAGCUGUGAAAUCGGAAUAAAAGUUUCCGGUUUUGCAUUAAAUUUGAAUGCGGAAAUAGCGGUUUUACUCGUUUUUCAACCGUUUCUACUUACGGCAUCGAAA